AUGUACGGCAACAUUGGUUUAAUCACACCUCGUGGAUCUGGCACGAACGGUUAUGUUGUGCGCAACUUAUCAGCUCUUCGUCCUCGUGAUUCCAGCUAUGGACGGGCUGACGACUUCGACCGUGCACCCCCAAGGCAUCGUGAGCCGGAUCAAUCAAUUUUGGAGCACGAAAAGAGGCGGAAGGUUGAAGUGAAGUGCAUGGAGCUGCAGGUGGAACUAGAAGAGGACGGAGUUGAUGACGAGGAAGUUCAACGUCGAGUGGCCGAGUUGCGUGACAAGUUGACGAACGACAUGUCCGGCAUUGCGCCCACGCCAGUCAAAUCUCUCAAACCCUCCGACACGCAUGCUAUUGCUGCAGCCAAGAAGGCCGAGUUGGAAAAGAUGUCUCGCGCCCUUGGUACUCAAAGCUACGUCGAAGGCGAGGCUUUCAAUCGCGAGUUGCAGGAAGAGCGACGCCAAGAAGCGUUACGCGAGCGUGAGAGGCGAGACGAACAGAGAAGGGAA